AUGGCUGGUAUCAAACUUGUAGCACUUGGUUUUGUUGCCCUGCUAGUAGUUGGACUAUCCAAUGCUGCACGGGUAGCUAGAUUGUCUAGUGCAGAGGGGCAAGGUCAGGGAGGGGGAGUGGGAGGUGGAACCGGAACCGGUGCUGGGGCAGGGUCUGGGGGUGGCGAUGGGUCGGCUGGCAGUAGUGUUAGUACGUCUGGGUCGCCGGAUCAUGCCCGGGCUAGUUCCGGUGGUGGUGGUAGUGGUGGCGGCGGUGGUGGUAGUGGUGGCAGUGGGUAUGGCUCUGGGUCAGGGUCAGGAUCUAGCUCAAGUACUAGCCGUGGUGCCGGAAGAGCAUGGAUUGGCGGUGGGCGCACUGACGCCGGAGGUGCUGGCGGUGGUGGAGGUGCCGGAAGAGGAGACGGUGACCAAGGAUCUAGUGGCCAUGGCGACGGGUCUGGCUUUGGAAGCGGCUCCAGCAAGGUGGACAGUGAAGGCUAUUAUGGGGCAACUGGCUAUGCUAACGGUGGCGGCAAUGGUGAUGGUGGAGGUCAUGGCGAAGGUGGUGGAUACGGUAAUGGUGGAGGGAAUGGGUCAGGUUAUGGCAACGGUGAAUUCCCUUAA